UAUAGCAGGAGGCGUACGCUGAAUCAGUAUUCUUUCUUUCGAUCACUUCUGCUUCCACACAGCUCCACUCACUUUGAUCACCUGAGCCGGCAGCAUCAGCAAACCUCCAACAUGGGCAUGGCAAAAGGGUGAGAUGUUCGGCCACGGUCACUGCGGCCACGUUAUUGGCCGCGUCGAGCCAGGGUGUCGCCCCGAGUACGUUAGCGAGCACUACGCCACGGGUCGCAAACGCUACUCCAACAUUGACUUGUCGGCCCGGGCGCCUGGUCAUGGCAGGCCAAAGAGUGUCACGAAAGAACUGCACACCGAAGACAGCAUGGACUACGAUUUCCAAGAGGUAUCUACCACCAACUCGUCGUGCGUCUUGCGAUUCAAGGUGAAGGUUGCCCACGACGCGCACGUUUGCCUCAGUUCUUCAGAGGAUCAGGAAGCCACUCCCAUCUACGAAAUCUUCAUCGGCGGCUGGGAUAACAGCAAAUGCGCCAUCAGGCGCGACCGCACCAAGCCAGACAGGGCCGAAGCCGAGACUCCCGACGUGCUUUCCGCUGACGAGUUCCGCGGAUUCUGGGUUUCGUGGAAUUCCGACUGCAAAAUCGAGGUCGGGCGUGAGGGCGAGGAAGAGCCCUUCCUGUCCUUCACCGACCCUGAGCCCUUCGAGAUCACUCACUAUGGCCUCCGCACCGCCUGGGGAGCCAGCGGCGAGUGGGAAAUCGAACAAGCAAAGUUUGAAACUCAGGACGGUGCGCCGUACAGAUUAACUGCGGCUCCGCGGAUCCAGGACGGCGGUUCUUUGCAGCUCAGCGUGCGUGCCGCUCACGACGCUCAUGUCUGCCUGAGGGUAUGUCCAACUCAGGACGUACCUCAGUAUGAGGUCUUCAUUGGAGGCUGGAACAACAGCAAAUGCGCCCUUAGGAAAAACCAAACCAAGCCUGAUUUGGUGGUGGUUGACACGCCCGACAUUUUAGAUUCGGGAGCUUACCGCAGAUUCCAGCUUUCGUGGCAAAAUGGUCUCGUGACCCUUCUGGAUGAAAACGACGCAGUAAUAUUCGUGCACCAGGACCCUGAACCCUUUACCAUUUCGCACUUUGCCGUAAGAACGUGCUGGGGCGCCCGAGGCGAUUGGCAGAUCAGCGUUCCCUCUCGUCAAACGCACUUGAAAGUGGCUGGGCCAGAAGGCGAGGAGGCUGACGGCGAGGAGAAAGAGACCGCCGAAGAGAAGGAAGAGAGCGAAGGUCUAGAACCAGUGGAAACCCCUGGGGAGGCGUGCUGGGUGCCCACCAAAGCCGGCGAUGACCUGCCCGAAGGCGCCGUCGUCGGUGGAGCCGACCUCGAAUGCGAACUGUACAUCGCCAGGGCCAAGCACGAGGGCGCCCUGCUGCCUGGAAAAUACGUGCCUGCCCACGGCACAACCUACGUGGCCUGGGGCGGCGAGGAGCACGGAAAGGAGGAGUUUGAGAUCCUGUGCGGCUGCAAACCUGUCUGGGUGCAGGUCAACGAGGGCGACGAAAUCCCUGAGAACGCAUUGCCUGGCGGGCGCGCUGAGGACGGCGAGACCCUCUUCGUAGGCAGAGUGCAGCAUGAGGGCACCACCACCCUUGGAAAAGUGCACCCGAGCCACGCAUCGUGCUACAUUCCCUUCGGUGGCCAGGAGCUUGGAUUCCCAGACUAUGAAGUUCUGGUUCGCCAGUAAAUCGCCUGCCAGCCAGCUGAAAAAGAGCACGCAAGCCUCUAAACUCCGCGCCUGACCCUCUGAUAUGAAUUUGUAUGCUUUAAUACUCCUCUAUGUUUGCGGCUUUCUGUCAUAGUAUUUAAAGACAAAAAAAACGAGAUCUUUUCGUAAUUUUAGAGAGUAAGAAAGAGAAACCUAUUGGUGCGAUUAAGCAUUAUAGUUGAAAAGUGUCAAGUAACCUCUCUGCCUUAAAAAGUGCGCUGCAGUGUUUUUCUCGAAAAGAGUCGUGUGAUAAUUAAAUAUUCGGCAGCUAUUUAGCCUUUAAAUAUGUAUUCGAGCACUCUGUCUGUUUGGAGAGUUGGCCACCACAGAGCAGCACACAUGAUUUAGUGCCUAGGCGAUAGUAACAUGUGCACCGUAUUACGCAUUUUAAUAAAAUCAAAUUGAACGCAUUUCAAAGUGGUUAUGUGAA